AUAAUACAAAUAAAUCAGUCCGCACGGUCUUGCGGAUGUUCUGCGCAUGCGCAACGCCAAUUGCGUAGGAACCAACAACAAACCAUGGCGGACGAGCAUACUGAUGCUGAGCAAAGCAUGGAGGGUCCUGUUCCAGAAAAUCCGCAUGCAGAAUACGGCCUUUCCGAAAACAUCCAGAGAAUAGUGGAGAAUGAAAAAACGGCGGAAAAAGUUACCAAACAGAAGGUGGAUCCCCAGACCCUGCAGACUCUUCCAACACGUGCGUAUCUGGAUCAGACUGUUGUUCCGAUUCUCCUGCAGGGCUUGUCAGUUCUCGCCAAGGAAAGGCCUCCAAAUCCCAUAGAGUUUUUAGCCGCAUUUUUACUGAAGAACAAAUCCCAGUUUGAAGAACGGAAUUAAAGGCACAGUACGGACAAAAUGCAGUGAAAGACUAAUAGGGUUUUGUGUUCAUUGUUGUGAAUUAAAAUUUAAUGGAGUCACACUCUCCAAGUUGUUUCUUUGCCCAUUUCAAUGUAGUUUCUUUUCUACUCAAAUAAACAUGUUCAAGCAGA